GAGGAAAGCAUUCGAGUAUUCGACUCAAUUCGACUGCGGGCAUUGCGGGCCAUCUUCAGUGUACAUUCACUAUUCAGUGCGUGUUGUGACUUAUUUUCACAGUGUUGGCAUGCAUUACCCUCUCUCAUUUCUCAAAUAAAAUGUCAUUUGUCGUUUGACCAAUAAACUUAUAAAAAUAUGGUGAGCAAUACGUCAGGACGCACACCACGUAUUCAGGUGUUCCGGCCUACAUACGAGGAGUUUAAGGAUUUUCCAAAAUAUGUCGAGUACAUGGAGAGUAAGGGAGCCCACAAAGCUGGUCUUGCUAAAGUCAUACCACCGCCUGAAUGGGUUCCACGAAAGGGUGGUUACGAUAUUGAGGGUAUGGACCUCACCAUACCGGCUCCAAUUUGUCAAGUUGUCACAGGUAAACAGGGACUUUAUCAACAAAUCAACAUUCAAAAGAAGUCCAUGACAAUUCAGGAAUACCAGAAACUUGCCAAUUCAGAGCGCUAUGGCACCCCUAAACAUUUCGAUUAUGAAGACUUGGAGAGGAAGUAUUGGAAGAACAUAACGUACAUUGCUCCAAUUUAUGGAGCUGAUGUCUCAGGUUCUCUUACUGAUCCUGAUGUUAAAGAGUGGAAUAUUAAUCGUCUGGGAACAAUACUUGACUAUGUGAACAAAGAUUAUGGAAUUUCGAUUGAUGGUGUUAAUACAGCCUAUCUCUACUUUGGUAUGUGGAAAACAACAUUUGCCUGGCACACUGAGGACAUGGAUUUGUACUCGAUAAAUUAUCUUCAUUUUGGAGCACCUAAAACUUGGUAUGCCAUUCCUCCUGAGCAUGGACGGAGACUGGAAAGAUUGGCUAAUGGUUUUUUUCCUGGAAGUUAUCAGAGCUGUCAGGCUUUUCUGAGACACAAAAUGUCUCUCAUUUCACCACAGAUUCUCCGCCAAUAUUCGAUACCAUGCAAUAAGAUAACUCAAGAGGCUGGAGAGAUUAUGAUAACAUUUCCAUAUGGUUAUCACGCUGGAUUUAAUCAUGGUUUUAAUUGUGCUGAGUCAACAAAUUUUGCAGCUCCACGUUGGGUUGAAUAUGGAAAAAGGGCAACCCAGUGUACCUGCAGCAAAGAUAUGGUGAAAAUAUCAAUGGACACGUUUGUCAAACGUUUCCAGCCUGAGAGAUAUGAUUUGUGGUUAAGAGGAGAGGAUGUCGGACCUCAUCCUGAGGAUCCUAGACAGACAGCAGCUCCAAUGCCCUCUCAAAUGGACCUCAUGUGUAGUAACAGCAAUGGUGAACUGCCCCAGAGUUAUCUGAAUGCUCCAAAGAAUAAGAGGCAUACAAUCCACAAGAAGAAAUCAAUGUCUAGUGGUAAUUCUGAUGGGAACAUUGAUGAGUUCGUUGAUCGAGCUGAUAUUCCACCUGAAGUGAAGAAGGCAAUUCAAGAUUUAGAUCUUGAGGAGGAUCAACCUGAUGAGCAGCAGCUCGAGGUCCUGGAGGACAUAUGGCUUAAGGCUGGAGAACUCGAGGUGGAAGAUGCUAAUAUUUACGAUGACGGUUACAGCCGUAAGAAAAAUCGAAAGAGGAAGAAGAAAGCUAAUUCAACAGACAAAGAGCCCAGACGUAUAAAGACGAAAAAACCUAUUAAACUGAGUUCGAUAUCUGAGAUUUCCAGCUCAACAGGUUCAUCAAAUUCAGGUACAAAACCAAAUUAUUUGAAUAUAAUUGGUAAUUCUGUGCCAUGUCUUGUUCUACCUAAAAUUACAAACUUGGAUAAUUUCACUGGGAUUUUAGAGAGCGAGGCCAUUAAAAGAAAUAAUGCUGUACUGAAGGGAGAUGAGACAUCCAUUUCUGAAUUUUCUGAGGCAUCUAAAAAGAAGAAAAAACACUGCAAACACGGAGAGAGGAAAAAACAUAAAAAACUCCAUGAGCAUAAGAAAAAAUUGAAAAAUAUGACAGCAAUGAAUAUGUUCAGUUCAUCUCAGCCUUUGGAUGUAUCAGACGUUGACGUUCAGAGGAAAUUAAUGGCAAUGCCCAGUCUCUCAUCUCAAAAAACAUUCAGUAAAAAAGACACAACAAAAACUAAUUUUUUAUCUAGCAGUAUUAUGUCUCAAACCAGUGAAAUUUACUCAUGUAAUACUCCAGAGAAAUCAUUAACCAGUGAUGAUCAAUUAGUAACCUCUGACACUCAAAGUAACACAACAAACUCAACAUCACACCUUCAACCGGUCAUGUUUUUAAAACAAGAAAAAUCAACAGAUACUAUUGACUCAAACACAUCAUUACUGAUCUCGCCCACAACAUCAGACACUUUUACUGAAACCAAGCCAUUCACAUUCACAACGUCUCUAGUUGGAAAACCGAUGAUGAGUUAUAAAAAUGAUCUCAUAAAAGCUCCUAGACUCAGUGUUUUGAAUAAAUCAGGGGUUAUAAAAGAGAUUAGGUCGUCUGAAGCGCACGUCAAGGAGGACAGGGAAGCUCUGAGUGCAGCUGACAGUCUUUUGGUCCUUAAACAGACCCCUUCAAGAUUAUUGACCGACUCAAAGACAAGUAUCUCUUCAAAUACAAACCUCAUGUUCCUGCAGAAACCAGUGUUCCCACAUAGUCUUUCAAGAGAUUGCCAAAUUACCGGAUCAAGUGUAAUGGAAUCCAACGAGUGGCACGAUCAAAUUGAAAAAUUGAAGACCAUAAACACAUCAUUUGUUCCAGAAACAUCGAAACCCCUAGUCAAUAAUCAUAGCAAUUCAACAUCAAAGCCAGCGUUCACCUUUACUUUCGAUAGACCACCUGUGAAUCCUAAUAUAUCGAAUGACCAAGGGAACAAGUCACCUGAGAGUGGUAACGUUGUGCAGAAUAGAUUGUGGCAAGUAUCCACAAGUAACGCUAUUUUCUAUGCUGCUGAGCCACCUGGAGAGAUGAAGCCCCCUCAAACAUCGACGAUUACAGGGACAGGCACUUUACAUCUCAAUAAAUUAGGACAAAAUUCAGUACUUGUAGCUCCACAAAAUGACAAAUUCUUGACAACCAAAUCAUUCCCAAUUGGACAGAAGGCCUUCACACCGCCAAGUCUUGGAACUUCACUCCUCAAAAUCUCUAGAAAUAAUAACGAAGGAGAUAUUGUAAUACCACAACCUCAAUAUCCUACAAAUCUAAAAGUACAAACACCAGUAAAAACCACAAAGAGACCUCCAAGGAAGAAAAUACCUACAAAAUUGUCAAGAGCGAUACAAAAUACAGAAGGGAUUUAUAUGGGAGUAAUUGAGCCUAAAAUGUGUUCUAUCGCCACUCAAGUCGACAAUUUGACUCCUCUCGAGGAUGAAAUAACAUUUGCAACACUUCCGGCAAACAGCGACCCUCCAGAAAUCAUAUGUAAUCCAGAUUUAACCCCCACACAACCAUUGAUUCCUGUUCCAUUAUCAAUUGAUGCCACUGGAGAAUCAAUCAAGUCUUCAUUACAAACUUGCAUUGAAUAUACAUCAUCACUAUCAUCCCCUGAGGCGAUGCAGAAUGGAAAUGUCAGAGUAAAGAGAUCCGCAGCAUCAAAAAGGAAACCAAAGGAUAAACCGAUUAAAUCAAGACUAACGGAUUGUCAAGAAGACAUCGACUUGCCACCACCAGUGCUCAGCAUCGAAUCAAAUUACCCAAGUCCCAAACAGGAGAUCAUAAAGACACAUUCACCAACAAUAGCUCAUUCUGGUCAAACAAUACCUGGACACAUCACGACGAUGCUAUUCCCCAAUAUACCAGAUUUGGAGACUCUCAAGAGCUUCAAUGACUACUGGAGUGCUCAAAAAUCUCACUGUGCAAUAUGCACAGCUUUUGCCGCUGCAAACGACAACAAUUAUCGUCAAAUGCCGCCAGAUUGGAAGUACUGUAAGCCAACAGUAUUACCAGAGAAUUCACCGAUUUUCGUAUCAUCUUCAUUAUUCGCAGCGAAUUCUAAAGAGCAGAGUGUGGAGCCUGAAAAUGAUAAAUUGUUGAGAUGUCGUGAGUGUCGUGUGACCGUCCAUGCCUCCUGCUAUGGAAUAACAGUAUUACCCACAGAUUUGCCAAAUUGGGCAUGUGAUAAGUGUAAAGCUGGAAUGAUACAGGUAAUGUGUUGCUUAUGUCCAAUGAGAGGAGGAGCUGUUAAGAGAACGAGUGAUGCACGAUGGGCGCAUAUUUUCUGUGCACUAUUAAUACCUGGGGUAACAUUCAAGGAUCCAGUUAAUAAAGAUCCUAUCAAUGUACUAACGAUAAAAGCUGAUAUUUUGGGGCAGAGAUGCUCGUGCUGUGACCAGAAGGAUGGAGUUUGUCUGGGCUGUCAUGUUUGUGGGGCUCUAUUUCAUCCCUCUUGUGGCCUUGUCACAGGUGCCACUUUUAUUAUACCUGCCUACAACUCCCAGGAACUUCAAGUUACCUGUCACGGUCAUGCCAAUCGAAAGGAGAAUAACCCACUUGUGAGGAAUGGGGAAAUAGUGUGGGCUAAACACAGAAAUAAACGGUAUUAUAAGGCUACAGUGCAGUCCAUCGAUACGCAUCUAUUUUACAUGGUCACCUUCAAUGACUCUAGUUUCAGUGAUGACCUCUAUCCCAGAGAUAUCACAAACUAUCCAGCUGCUAGCAUACCCUCUGUUGGAGCAGCCGUAAAAGUUAAGUGGACGGAUGGCCAGAGUUAUGAUGGCAUUUUCGAAGGAACAAAUCCUCGAUAUAUGUACACGGUGUUAUUUGAAGACGGAUCACAAUUGGUUAUAAAACGCGAUCAGAUUUAUAGUCUGCAGGAGGAGAUGCCAAGGAGAGUGCUCUCGCGCUUGUCUACUGCAACUGAAAUGAAGCAUCGAUAUCAUCUUUAUGGCACUGAGAGUGAAAUUGAGAAUCUACGCAAGGGGAAACAGUUGAUGAAAAAAUCGAAAUAUUGACCAAACGACUGAUUUAAGUGAAAUAAUUAACUGUAUUUAAUUUUUCGUGUAAAUAGUCGUAAUUGAAAAUUUUGUUUGUUCUCGUAUAAAAUUAGCGUUCUUUGUGUAAAUGAUUAUUCAUUUGAGGUGGUUUAUGCGGAUUGGAAACAGAUAAUAUCAGCCUUUCACUAAAUUUUAUUAUUGACUAAAUUUCUUUUAUCACAAUAAAAGAAGAAUCCGUCGUUCAAAUAAGGUAACGUUGAUGUGCAAAUCUUUUAUACGUUUGAUUAUCCACAAUUAUGAUAUUAUGAAAUAAGUCCACUGGAGCUUCAGUUUUCGAUUUUUAUACGUUGCACCAUCUGUUGGUUGAAAACUGUUGUUUGCAGAUUAGCAGAUUAAGAAUUCACAAACAAAUAUAAUAGAGAUAAUCUAUAAUUUAUAAAUCAACUACUAUGUGUAUUAUAAAUAUUAUCGUGUGAAUAUUGUAAUUAGUCCUGAAACUUGAGAAUUUGACUUGAAUAUGAAACAGAGUAUGUCAUCUCUAUUAAAAGAAAACCUCGAACGUUCGAGGGUAGUUUGUUUAAAAAAAUAUUAUAAUAACAAUAUUGAUAUUAUAGAGAUACUUGUAAAAAGAAAAUCAUAUAUAAAGAAAGAGGAACAACCAUUCACCUAGACCCAAACGGGUCUACAACUUGUGCAAAUUCAUUUAUGAAUUGAGAAAUUAUUCAAUAUAGAAUUGAGAUAUACUGACCGAAAUGAGACAAAGAAUGAUGAUUAAAAUUUUAAAUGAUUACUGCUUAUUGCAAUAAAAUAACUAUGCUAAUUGUUGUAUGUAACAAUAAAGAAAGAUUUAUGAGCGAUAAAAUACGGAGAGAAUCAUGAAAUGUACAAUAUGUGGUAUGACAAAAUACAUUUAUUCACUUGUAAGUA